AUGACCCAGGUCCAGCGGGACUCCUUCUUCACCGCGUGCCACCAGGCCAGGUGUCGAGGAGGCGCCGGCGCAGGCGAGGCGCCCGCCCGAGCCGCCCUGCGCGCGCGCGCGCCCGCGCCGCCCCGCGCCGCCCGCGCCCGCGCCCGCAUGGCGGACGCGGCGGACGCCGCCGGGCCGGCGGAGCGCGCGGCCGAGGCGCCGGAGGAGGACGCCGCGGGCGAGCAGGCGGGCGCGGCAGGCGCCGGCGGCGGCGAGGGGGCGGCGGCCGCGGCGGCCGGGGGCCAGACGGCCGAGGAGCUGGAGAGGAUCCGCGUGCGGUGCUGGGCGUGCACGUGUCUCAUACAGCUACCGAGCGAGUCCGUGCCCGAAGGCAAGACGGCGGGGGAGAUCUACUUCACCUGCGGAGGGUGCGGGGCGAACAACCUCCCAGGCAGCGUGGCGAUUCUCCAGCCGCCCGACCCGAAGUGGUGGCAAGUCCUGCUGAAGAAGGCCGUCGGGAACUUCCUGUUCGUGUUCGUGCCCAGCCUCGUGGUCUACAUCGGUGCAGGCGCCGAGUCGUUUGGCAGGCGGGCCCUGCUGGAAAGGGCGCAGGCCCAGGACCCGAUGGACCUGGUCCAGCAGCGGAGUUGA